GCGCCCUGAUGAUGUAAACAUCGUGCGACAGUGCUGUCCAGCCACUUUUAACAGCGGCCGGUAGGUAGGCAUGGGUGCGCCCACGGAGCGGUGCCGCAGCGGUGCCGGACGGUUUUCUGGGUGUCUGCGGACGGUGAAGCCUUGGAGGUGGCUCGCGUUGCUCCUGUUCUCCUUGUCUUCCCUUCCUGCGGUCAGCGCGCUGGUGGAGGGCCUUUACUGCGGCACCGAGAUCUGCUACGAUGUGCUCGGAGUCACCAGGGAGGCCGCCAAGGUGGAAAUCGCUCGAGCUUACCGGCAGCUGGCCCGCCGGUACCAUCCGGACCGGUUUAGGUCGGGAGAGCCCGGCUCGGAGGGAGAAACUCAGGAGUCCGCCCACAAAAAGUUCCUGCUCAUUGCGACCGCGUACGAGACGUUAAAGGAUGAGGAAACUCGACGGGACUAUGACUACAUGCUUGACCAUCCUGAGGAGUACUACCAGCACUACUACACCUACUACCGCCGACAGCUCACCCCCAAAGUGGACGUCAGAAUUGUCAUCCUGGUCACCAUCUGUGCCAUCUCCAUCUUUCAGUACUACAGCUGGCACAGCAGCUACAAUGAGGCCAUAAACUACCUGGUGACGGUCCCCAAGUACCGAAUCCAGGCCAUGGAGAUCGCCAAGCAGCAGGGCCUCCUCAACCGCACCAAGGAGAAGGGCAAGAACCGCCGCUCCAAAGAGGAAAUUCGGGAGCAAGAGGAGGAGGUGAUCCGUGACAUCAUAAAAAACAAGAUCGACAUCAAAGGAGGCUACCAGAAGCCCAACCUGUCGGACAUCCUGCUGUGCCAGAUUGUGCUUUUCCCCUACUACCUGACCAACUAUGUGACCUGGUACAUCUCCUGGAUUUACCGCUUCACCAUCUGCAGGGAGGAGUAUGGAGAGGAGGAGAAGUUUUACAUCAUCAGGAGAAACAUGAAGAUGUCUCCGUCUCAGUUUGACAGUCUGGAUGAAAACACCAGACAGUCUUUCUUGGAAAAACAGCUCUGGAUCAAAGAAAACUACGAGGUAUACAGAAAAGAACAGGAGGAAGAGAUGAGUGAAAUGGCAACCGACCCGAGGAUGAAGAGGUACCAAUGGAUGAAGAAUGAGGGGCCGGGGCGGCUGACGUUUGUCGACGAUUGACAGCCCAGAGCUCCGUCUCUAACAUACACACUUGCCUCAGUGCCAACAUACAG